AAACAUCACAGAAAAGAUGCAGAAAUCGUUCUCGUUGAUCCAAACGGUUGCAAUCUCCGGCGUAUUCUCCGCCGUCUCAUGCUGGUAUGGAUUCAUGUUCGGUAGAGAGUCCGCGAGAAAAGAGCUCGGCGGUUUAAUCGAAGAGCUCCGUCGUGGAAGUUCCAAUUCUGACUCUACUCCACCACAUUCCUGAGUUAGACAUUCCGAUUUCCCCAGGCGCUUUCGUUAUCUGUGUUGCUAACUGCUAAGUUAGUUUCCGAUUUCGAUUCAUCUUCCUGUGAAAUUUCCAUUUAUGUCACUUUCCAGAAUGUUCAUGAUUUUUGAGCAACUGUUGUAUAAACGAUGUGUUCAUGAGUUAAUUUAACUAUGAAAUUGUUUGAA